AUGGCCCCGCCGCAGCGGGAGAGCCACGGGCAGGAUGGCAGUGGGUUCACUGUGGGCACAGCAGGCAGCGAGAGCUCGCCGGGCACCACGGAGGCCAACGGGCUCCCGGCUGAGGGAUCCCCCCAGGAGAAAUGCUUGCUGCAAGCCGAAGACAUGCCGGCGAACGCAAGCCCAAGAGAUGGCGACAGGCCUGAGGACCCACAAACCAGUAUAACCAGCUCCCCACAGUGUCCCUUGGAGGAUGCUGGCGGCCAGGCUGAUCUGGCUGACGCAGGAGAGGGAAGCACAGCAGACGGGGAUGACACCAUUUCAGUCACACCACCGAGGACAGAGAGCCCCCCGGGAGCUGGCAGCACCCCUGAAAACCCCUCCUUGGAGGUGAGCAAUGGUCCAGACCCUUCAUCUGAAGGCCCAGCAUCUCCGAAGGCUGAGGUUGCGUUGGAGGGGGGUGAGACAAAGGGGGACCCCCAGAGCACAGCCCAAGAGCCUGAGCGCAGCCCGGAGCCCCCCACCGAGCCCUCAGGCCACGACCCACCAGCUGAGAGCCCACCAGACACAACUGAGGAGGACCCCGAGCUGCUGGUGGACAUGGAGAUCUUCGUGGACACGCUACGUAACAUGGAGCCCUCAGAGAUGCGGAAGGCGCCCAAGACCCCGCGCCAGCCCCGACCGUCAUCAUUUGGCCGCUGGAACGUUCUCAAGGGCAUGGCACUGCUUUCCCACUUCUUGGAGCACCGGGCAGCCGCAGUCGAUGAGGGGAAACCUUACUCACGCCUGGACAACAGUGUGCUCUACAGCCGCUUCGUCUCCCCCAGCACUGCCCUGCUCGAGCUGCCCAGCAGGGACGGCGGGGGCACGGGCUUGCCCACCCCCAGGGACAACAACGGGCUGGGCCCUGGUGACCAUCCUGGCCCUGAAAUGGCCAUGCUGGAAGCCCCGAACCCUGGACGUGUCCCUCCUGUCACCAAAGAGCUGGAGAGCACCAUGGUCCUGUGUCCCACUGAUGUCCUGCAGGAGGACAAGGAGGGCUUCGAGAAGAUCAACAUGAGACCUGGCAAGAUCAUCCUCUUCUCCGAGGCCGGCUUCGCAGGCCAGAAACGGGAGAUCUGGGGUGACGUCCCCGACGCCACGUCCUGGGAACUCUCGCACACCAUCUCCAUCCGGGUCAUCCGAGGCGGGUGGGUGAUGUACGAGAAGCCGCGGUUUCACGGGCGCAAGUGCGUGCUGGCCGAGGGGGACGUGGAGAUCGACAACCCCUGGACAGCGUACGGGCAGAGCGAGCAGUCCCGCGGCAGCCGGCCCUUCCGCAUCGGCUCCUUCAAGAGAGUGGUGCGGGAUUACCGCACCCCGGAGAUCAGCCUGUUUGCAGAGGAGAAUGGUGAAGGCGCUCGGCUGACGUUCACCGACUCGGCCGAGGACACUCGCACGCAGGGCCAGGCACUCGCCGCCGCCUCCAUCAUCGUCCACUCAGGCCUGUGGCUGGUUUACUCCAAGCCUUUCUUCGAUGAUGACCCCUACGUUUUGGAGCCGGGCGGGUACCCCAAUUUAAAGGCUUGGGGAGCAAAGGACCCAUCCAUCUGCUCCAUGCACCCCAUCAGGCUGGGCUGCCCUGUCGUGGAGAGACCCGGUGAGCCGCAGGUGCUGAUCUAUGAGGCCGCGGGUUUCCAGGGCCGCAGCUUUGCCAUCAGCCGAGACAUCUAUGACCUGAAGCGCCUGCCCGGGCCAGCACUGCCCACCGUGGGCUCCCUGCACGUCCUGGGUGGCUGCUGGGUCGGCUACGAGAAGGAGGGCUUCCGUGGCCACCAGUACCUGCUGGAAGAAGGGGAGUACCAGGACUGGAGGCAGUGGGGCGGCUACAGCAAGGAGCUGGUGUCCCUACGGCUGAUACGGACGGACUUCUCCGACCCGGCACUGGUCCUCUUUGAGGCGAUGGACUUUGAGGAGGGCCCAAGCGUGGAGCUGAGCGAGGCACUACCCGACACGCAGCUGGCCGGCUACGGCACCGUCACCCAGUCCAUCCACGUGCUGAGCGGCGUGUGGGUGGCCUAUGAGGGCACCAACUUUUCGGGAGAGCAGUACAUCCUGGAGAAGGGGGUGUACCGCAACUGCGAAGACUGGGGUGCCACGGAUUGCCGCAUCGCCUCGGCGCAGCCCAUCCUGCAGGUUGGGGAACGCAACCUCCAUUUCGUCUCCAAGAUCCUGCUCUUCUCAGAGCCUGACUUCUUGGGGGACCACAUCGCCUUCGAGGAGGACCAGGACGCCCUGCCUGCUGCCUUCAUCCCACGUUCCUGCAGAGUCCGCGGGGGCAGCUGGAUCCUGUUCGACGGGCAGGCCUUCGCAGGGGACCAGCAUGUGCUGUCUGAGGGCGAGUACCCCACGCUCAGCGCCAUGGGCUGCCUCUCCUCCACCACCAUCCGCUCCUUGAAGAAGGUCCCGGUGUUUUUCUCGGAGCCUUCCAUCUUCCUGCACGGGCUGGAGUGUUUUGAGGGGAAGGAGAUUGAGCUGAACAGUGAAGUGCGGAGUCUCCAGGCAGAGGGUUUCAACAACCACGUGCUGUCGGUGCGCGUUAAAGGCGGGAUCUGGGUGCUGUGCGAACACGGUGACUGCCGCGGGCGCCAGUGGCUGCUGGACUGCACCGAAAUCACCAACUGGCUGACGUACAGUGGGCUCCAGCAUGUGGGAUCCCUCUACCCCAUCCGCCAGAGACGGAUCUAUUUCCGCAUCAGGAGCAGGGAGCUGGAGCUCUUCCUCUCCGUCCCUGACGACGUGGAAGACAUGAAAGCGGGGCGGGUGGUGGUCUCCAGCUUGAGCGAGCAGAGCAGCUCCAUUUGGUACUACGAGGACGGGCUGAUCAAAAACCAGGUGGCCCCCAACAUGAGCCUGCAGGUCAUCGGGCCGGCCGGGAAGGGCGCGAAGGCCGUGCUGUGGUCUGAGACCCGGAUGCCACGACAGACCUGGAGCAUUGAUUCUCAGGGACGGAUCCACAGCCAGAUGUUUGAGGACAUGAUCCUCGAUAUAAAGGGUGGCCGAUCCUACGACCGGGACCACGCCAUUGUUUGGGAUAUGGCUGAGGAAAGACCCACGCAGAUCUGGGACAUACAGGUGAUAUGA